AUGGCUUCAAGGGAUAUCUCUCAACCCAUCCAUUCUCCUACCUUUAAUGAUCCAUUUUUGACGGUCGACUCAAACAAAAUGACUUCGUCCAAUACUCCCCAAUACAUCCAGACUCCCUCCAAAACCCCCACUUUCAAAGUCGACUUCACAUGGAAGAAAUGGAAGGCUCUGGUCUCCGACGCCAACAAUCCUCAUGCAGGUCCCUUGUACACGGUCCAUUUCCCAUUCAGCUUUGGAACCACCAUGGUUUUCAAAAAAGCCCCCGAUGAGGAAGUCAUCGGGAAUAGCAAGCUGAACCUGGUCUCCAUCAAUGCCGAGUACGAACUGCGUGGACAGAAGGCCCAUCUUCUAGCUCAGAAACGCUGGCGGACGGUAUACACCCACCGCUCGCUCAAUUUCUCAGACACCGAAACUCCAGUCACAAUGACAUGGACUAGCGAUGCAGGGUUCAAGAACUGGGACUUUGUCUGUGUCGAUGAGCAACAAAUGCCCGUGGCAAAAUUUACUGCUAAUUGCUGGGGUGUCACUAAAAUUGGCAAAAUCGAAUUUAGUGGGCCCAAGGCAGAUAACAGAGCCGCUCAGGAAGAGAUUAUGGUCACGGGAAUUACUUUGUUCUAUUGCAUGAUGCUUCGCUGUAACAAUGUGUUCAAUCUCUUUGGGGCUAUUUUCGCUCGGCCGGGACACAAACAGCACAUUGAGCCUCAGCCUAAAGCUGUGACUAGCGAAUAG